CCAAUCUCACUUUCUUUACGGGCCGGCCCAAAGGACUGGCCGAGUCCAACACCUUGGCCGUACAGAGAUCGAUAGUAACAGCUUUUAACUGGGCCUAGAGCCCAACAAGAAUGUCGGGACACGAACAAAGCUGAUCCGAUUCUGAAGCAGAGAGUGGCUUCAUUUCAUUCCCAUCUUCUCCGGGCAUUACCGGCCUCUGUUCGUCUCAUUACCAAGCAGCAGUUGAUGAAUCCCAGCGUUCUAAACAUCCCAUCUCCCACUCCUUCCUCUACAUCAUAAUCCCACUGGAAUAGUUCGUGAAUGGCGAUGGCGACUCUGGUUUCAACUCCAACCACUUCAUUUUCAACUUCCACCAGAGCAAGAUCUCUUCUUCGCCCUUGUUCUUCGAUUUCCUGCUGUAAAGCUCCCAACUUUGGCCUUUCUACUUGGGUACCCCAACUGGGUUCAGGGAAUUUGUCUCAAUGGAGUGGAUUAAAACAGCUCAGCAUCUCAAUUACUCCAAAGUCUCUUCAUAAAGAAAGGAAAGGGAGGUGUAAUGGCAGCAGGGUAGUUCGUGCUUCUUUGUUCGGAGUUGGAGCUCCGGAAGCUUUGGUCAUUGGAGUGGUGGCUUUACUGGUGUUUGGUCCAAAAGGUCUCGCCGAGGUUGCCCGCAACUUGGGCAAGACUUUGCGGGCAUUUCAACCUACCAUUAGAGAACUCCAGGAAGUUUCUAGAGAGUUCAAAAGCACCCUUGAGAAGGAGAUUGGUCUUGACGAGAUAACAAAUGUUACACAAACCACAAAUUUCUCCAACAAAACACCUAGUGCUCCUCCUGCUGCUUCAUCGCCUUCUUCAUCAGUUACCAGCACUGCAGAUUCUCCAGCUCAAGCUGAACCCAAUGGUACUCCAGCCCCGAACAAUGCAUAUACCAGCGAUGAGUUAUUAAAAGUCACAGAAGAACAGCUCAAGGCAUCCGCUAGCCAGCAGCAAUCUGAGAUGCCUGUCCUCGAUAACCAGCCAGAAGCUAAAGUCGCAGAAGAGCAGCCGGAAGCAUCUGUUGCUCAACAACAAAUGCCGACUCCUGACAUGGCCGAUAGCCAAGUAGAGGAAGCUCAAGCUCAACCCACAGUCAAAGAUGCUGCAGCUGCCUUAUCGCCCGGCUCAGCAAAGCCAGAAAGUGAGACAUGAGAAUCCUCUUGGAAUUGAUGACAAUGCUCGAAAGCCCUGGCACCGCAAAGUCCUAGAGGAAAUGAGGCCCUGCUAGAUGUCUGGUUUUGUAGUUGUUAGGAUAGAGAUGAGAUAUAUGCAGCCAGCUUGAAAGCUAUCAAAGCCAGUGAAAUAUGUUGAAGAUGUAAAUUACAAUUUUGUUGUAGAAAAAUGGACUUGUUGCAAAACAUACCUUAUUGUUGAGGGCCAAUGUUGUUUGUCCCUCUUCUAUUCAUCUGCCGGCACAGAAUCGUUCCAAAUUGACCAAGGACUGGAUUUACAGUCAUUCCAAAUCAACCCAAAGAAUAAUCGUUAUUUGAUUGU